ACAUCCCCUCGUUUCCGGCAAACCGCAAUGAAGUCUCUGACCCCCACCGCCGCUGGCUCCGCCGCAGAUUUUUCCGACUCUCUGCCCUCCCCGAUCUCCCCUGCGGCGGUGCCAUGCCAUUCCAGCCCCGGCCGCCACUACUACCUCGCCGUCGACCGCACCCAGUUCAAAAUGAGGACACUCUUGGAGCUCCUGGGGGUUGUCGCGGAUCGCCGUGGUGGGCUGCCGAUUGCAACAUGUGUUUCCUCCCGUGAUGAGCUUGAUGCCGUCUGUGCUGCCGUCGCAAACCUCCCCUUUGUGUCAGCGUCACCUCUGUAUAGUGAUCAAGCUGAAGCAGAGCGUGCAUCUAUUCUUGAGAACUUUCGUCAAGAAACAACUCAGUGGAAUAAAACUGCUAAAGCUACCAAUAUUGCCGAAAGUUCUAAGCUUGAAAGUACUGGCUCUAAAAUAAGCAUUAUAGUUGCAACAGAUGCUUGCUUGCCUCAGGCAGCGAUGGCAGAGGCACCCCUUAUGGCUCGAGUGCUGAUAAACUAUGAGCUUCCCACAAAGAAGGAAGCGUACUUAAGACGCAUGUCAACAUGUUUGGCGGCAGACGGAAUUGUGAUUAACAUGGUCGUUGGUUGUGAGGUGGUUACACUCAAGGCUUUAGAAGAGAACAGUGGUCUGCUUAUUGCUGAGAUGCCAAUACAUGUUUCAGAAAUAUUAUGACCGUUCCAGUUGUACAACAUUUCAGAAGUUACUGUUCUGAUUGCACACUAACUACUCAUGGUUUACUUCUACUUUAAUUUUGAAUUGCUUUUCAUGUUUCAGAAUGUUCUCAAAUUAUAUCUCUAAAGCAUUAGAAUAAUGCUCAUUGCUUCUUUUUUCCUCUGUAUAAGAAAUGAUAGAAUAUAGUCAUGGUUCAACAUCC